UGUACCCGAAAUAGUCAGUGGCACAUGCACUACCCAACCAAACUCGCUUGUCUGGAUGGGUAACGAUGAUAUUGUACCGUUUAAUACACUUUGAUAGAAGUUUAUCAUCAAAUCGCAAAUCUUAAAUCGCUCAAGUAGCGAUUGUCGGACAGAUUUGUUUAACAAAAAUUGACAGUCAAAAUUUUGAAGAGGUGGCACGCUUGUAAAACGCAGAUAAAAAUCGCGGUGUUGGCAAUCUGUGGAUUAAAUCUAAUGAGUUAUUAAUUAAUGGUGAUGAUUAUGUAUUCAAAUGUUAAGACGUGCUAGUGAAAGCGAAAUUGUGUUAAUUGAUUUAUAUUAAGAAGUUAUCGUUUGAUAUGUAUAAACCAGCCAGGUCCUAAACCAGCCACGUUUUUAUAACGGAUUUUGAUUUAUGGGAUAUAUUUUCUUUUGGAUUUAUCAGACUUACUUAUUUUAAGUUAUUUAGAAAAAUGUGUCCUAUAUAAACCAGACUGGAUUUUUAAUUUUCAUGGGUGUUUAAUGAUAAAACACCUGAAGAAAUGUAUGGCAUUUUUUUUCUUCUUGCGCGAGAUGCAGACAGGCGCCUUCGGUUUAUUUUUGUAUGAAAUCCAAGAGCCUACAAAUGAGCGUUUUAAUUUUAGAUGGAGAGAUAGUGUAAAAUCUUCAACAUUAAAUCUUCCACUAGGUUACAUUUUUUUGCUAGUUGAUUUGUAUGAAAUAUAAACUUUCUUUUAUACGAUGUAAUAUACUAACAAGGGUACGAAAAUCAGUCACUUUUCCCUAUUAUUUGUUAACGUGAACAAAGCGCUAUAACGACCAUAAAUUUCGCAAAAAGGACAAUAAACCACACAAAGUUAAAAUGAAAAUGUAUUUUAUACUGCUGGUGUUUCAAUAAGGAGUGUAAUAUUACGUUUUAAUAUAUAUUUUAUUUUAUCCAUAUAUCUAGCAUUGGCAGUAAAUCGUGCUUCCGUGGAAUAAACGAUGGUCCGUUUAAGAGAAUAUUUUUGAUUUAUUAGGCCCUACCGUCAGUGUCAAAACAUUUGAAAAUAAUACUGUAUACUUUUUCUUCUUUAGGCAAAAAUUCUUAAGAAGCAUUUAGACUCUUCGUGAAAAAUAAGAAAUACUAUUUUUAAAUUAGAUCAAGUGGUUUAUUUAGCUUUUAUUACUGCACUAAAUGUCAUGGAAACCAGACGUUAUAUAUUUUUCUACACCUGACGUUCACGUGUUUCGUCUGCAUCUUGACUUGGACAUUUGUGUAAAAAAAAGGAAGUUAGACUAUGGUUAUAUCAAGUAAAGGAUUUGCGGGCUAUAUUUUCGAAUCGGGCUGAACAAUGCAACGUCAUGACGUUAAUUUGACGUCAAUCAUACUACGGACGUUUAUAAUUCUACAGCUACUGCCUAUUGUGUUCUCAUGUAUAUAUCUACUAAACGGAUGGACGCCCAUGUCAGUUGGGAACCGCACUGCACGUGCAGAUAUCGUGCUUUCAGCGCACGUGCUUAAGGCAUUCAAAGAGAAACAAUAUCGAACCGAGGCUAGGACUUACACCGCCACUGUAAAAUUGUUUGAAGUCUACAAAGGCAAAAAACUUUUGAGAAAUAUCCCUGUGAAUGAAAAUACACCAAAUAUAUAUAAUAUUUCUAAUUUCGGUGACAGAAAAAUGUGUUACGCUGACGUGACGGAUGGGAAAAAUUAUAUCCUAUUUUUAACCACCUACAAACAAAGAUUGUCUGCAAAAUAUGAUGAUAUUUUCGGAGCUGCAACAAAAUAUACAGAAAACAACGUGCAGGCUGUGUUAGACCAGACCGGUACAGAUGCCGCAGAUUGGUUGGAGUGGUCAUCAUGUUCCAAGUCUUGUGGAGGGGGUGACCAGGUGAGGAAAAGGAACUGUACACUAACCAGGUCCGACAACUGUGAUACGGCCACGAUGGACCGGAGAUCUUGCAAUAGUUUUGCUUGUCAAGAAGCGCACGAUUUGCUGUCAUAUCUUGGCGUGUACAAACUACCUCUUGGCGUUUAUCACGUGCAUGAUCGACCAGGAGCUUUCAACAUAACCAAAAGUGCUAAAUUAUACUCACCUUUGACAGAAAUAUAUCAAUACACACUACCUCAAGAUUUCUCCAUCAUGCUUUCAAUCAAAAUCAGUGAUACAUUUGAAGGGUAUUUCUUUACUCUUAGUGACUUGGCGGGCAAGCAAAGAGUAGCAUUUAAGCUUGCCAGGAAACACGAUCACAGUGUUAUACGUUUCGAGUACUAUGACGACAAAGACUUGGCCGGUGAAAAUGCACCAGAAUUCGAAAUGCAACUUAAAGAAAAUUUUUGGCAUCGAUUUGCAUUUGGAAUUACUGAAAAUUCAGUUGAACUCCAUACAGACUGUGAUAAAGUUAUUACCAAAUCAAUUCCGAAACAAGACCGUUCUCCAUUGAAUAGCAACCUGAUGAUGUCACUUGGGCCCUACUUUGCAAGAUAUGGUGAGAGCUUUGAGGGUGAAAUAGAACAACUUGUUAUGAGUGACGAUUCCAGUGCAGCCCAGCAACAAUGUUCUUCUAUUCUAGAUCAUACAGAAAGAGCAAUAAAAGAUGAAGGAAACAAUGAAAUUGAUGAUUUUGUGCACGGCGAAGACAACAACACGAUCUAUAAGUCACAUGGGCACACACAGGAGCCUGAAGUAACGACACAACAAACUACGACAGAACUUGAUCUUCGUGCCGAAUGGACUGAAUGGUCACCAUGCAGCCGGACCUGCGGUCGAGGAGUCCAGACUCGCACCCAGUACUGUGGUGAUAAUGUAAUCAGUACUUGUAUCCAAGCCGGUCUGGAUAGUGAACAAGCUCGUUGGUGCUAUAAACAGUCUUGUGAAGUCGCUUGUGAUCCUGUGUGUGAAAAUGGCGGGAAAUGCCUCAGUACUGGUUCCUGCUUCUGUCCACGCGGGUUUUCAGGUCCUACGUGUACUAUGGCAACAUGCAGUAUAGAAUGUUUAAACGGUGGUCGCUGUGUUUCUCCUGGUGUAUGUACAUGUCCUGUCGGGUAUACUGGCAGAUUUUGCCAAACGGCUAUAUGUGAACCAGAGUGUGGAAACGGAGGACAAUGUGUACAACCAGGUUUUUGUUCGUGUCCCUAUGGAUAUAUGCCACCAAACUGUGAUCCUGUUUGUGUUUUACCGUGUCGCAAUGGCGGGAAGUGUGUUGGACAUAAUAAAUGUAAAUGUAAGAAAGGGUACGUCGGCAGUGACUGUUCUAUACCUGUAUGUCGACGUGGCUGUUACAAUGGAGGGCGGUGUGUUUCUCCUAACACAUGCGCUUGUCCACGUGGUUUUUCUGGUGCCCGAUGCCAUCGCCCAGUCUGUUACCCGGCUUGUCAAAACAGAGGAAGAUGUCUGUAUCCCGGCGUCUGUCAGUGUAAAAGGGGAUUCAAUGGACCGCUUUGUGAAAAUCUGGUGUGCAGAAAACCGUGCCAAAAUGGAGGCAUAUGUGCCGGAAAUAAUAGAUGCACGUGCCCAGAUGGAUUUAGAGGAAGAUGGUGUCAUAAAGUUAGGAAAUAUCGCAGAUGUCCGACAUGUUUAAAUGGCGGGAAAUGUCGGAAACGAAGGUGUCGGUGUAGAAAGGGAUAUACCGGUUCAAGAUGUGAAAAGAGAGAAUGUUCAUACGAGACUUAUCUUAUGCCUUACAUACAGACAUACAGAAAGCCGGAAAGACAAGAGGUUGCCACGCUCUGCGGACCCUGGAAAUCCAAGAUGUGUAUAGAAACAAGGUUAGUUUAUGUUUUGGCGACACGCACUUUGUACAAGACGGCAUACAGAUGUAAGAGCUGAAGAAUUCAUCAAACAAAAAUCUUUGAUACUGAAGGACUUGAAAAUACAAAUGCACUGUCCGCUAAGAUUAUACUGAAAGUGUCACAACUAGAAAUAACAUCUUCCCAUGAAAAACUUUAUGCAAGUGUGACAGCAAUAGUGAUUUGAAAACAUCGUGAUAAAAAAAUUUAGAAACUCGCAAAAUGAACCAAAUAAUAGAAGUCAAAUUGAUUACGGGUACUUUCUUUUUUACCUCAGUAAAAUUGUUGAUUUUAUUUUUAUAUAAGUUUUUGGUUUAGUUGAUGUAAGAUAUACAUGCAUUGUCUUCAACCAGUUCAGUUUUUUAGUAGAUAAACUAAAUUCAUAUGCUAGUAUGCUGUUAUAAGGGUAAGGAAGAUUUGUCAGCCAAAGUGAAUGUUGUAACGUAAACAUUCUGAAGUCAUGAAAACGUUCUGAAAUCACGUAAAAGUUCUGAAAUCAAGUAAACGUUCUGAAAUCACGGAACGUUCUGGAAACGUUCUGAAGUCACGAAAACGUUUUGAAAUCACGUAAACGUUCUGAAAUCACGUAA